GAAAAAAAAAAAAUGGCGUUAUAUAAAAAUAUCUCAUUCAAGUUUUUGACCCCACUUUCACUUUGGACUUUCUUCCUCAAUGAAUUUCUCACCAACAUUGCUGACUGCUUUCGUUUCCUCACUAAAACAAGAAAAAUAACAAGAAAAGUCUUCUCUCUAUCACCGACAUUAAAGACCCUCUCUCUCACUCUCUCAAAAUCUCUCCGGCAAUCUCUCCCAGUCUUUCUUUAUUUUUUCUUUCUUCUCCUUUUUCUUGUCGUUUUCUUUUUUUCUUGUUUAAUUUUCUCGAUGUUUCCAAGAAAACAAACACCUCCAAUUCCAUUAACGGAGAGAAUCAACAACAACAGCAACAACAACAACAACAUCAACAAACACUACGAUUCCUCCAAGAACAAAGAACCACACUUUUUCAAUUUCCCUCUCAGCAAUACCCAUCUCAGGUACACUGCAAUUCUCUCCCUCUUCCUCUUCGCUUGGUUUCUCGUCGUCCUCUUCUGGUUCCCACCCACCACCACUACCACCACCACCGACAAUGUCGCAAACCAGUCUCUGCAAAACCCCCCAAAAAGCCAACAAAACCACCCCGAGAAUCCACCGGCCCCCACCUGUUCAAAAUCCUUCUUAUUCUACGUGCACAAUCUUCCGCCGGAAUUCAACACCGGACUUCUCAAAGAUUGCCGGCACCUAAACAUCUAUACUGACAUGUGUCCCCACGUGGCUAAUUGCGGACUCGGUCAGCCUCUCUCCGACAUGGAUUCCGAUUCUCCAACGAGCUGGUUCGCAACCCACCAGUUCAUAGCCGAGAUGAUCUUCCACGCUCGAAUGGAGAAUCAUCCUUGCCGGACACUGAACCCCCACAUCGCCGACCUCUUCUACGUCCCUUUCUACGCCGGACUUCACGCUUCGAGCAAAUUCCGAGAAUCGAAUCUCACGGAGCGCGACGCUCUCGCCGUUGGUCUGGUCGAUUACCUUCAGGAUCAACAAUGGUGGAAGAGGAGCCGAGGGAAGGACCAUUUCAUGGCGUUGGGGAGGACGGCUUGGGAUUUCAUGAGGACCGCUGACACACCCGAUUUCGGAGCCAAUUGCUUGCUCAACCUCCCGGCGGUGAAGAACAUGACGGUGUUGACCGUCGAGAGACAGCCGUGGAAGGGUUCCAACCAGUACGGCGUGCCGUACCCUUCGUAUUUCCAUCCGUCGUCGUUUCAGGAAGUGGUGACGUGGCAGAACAAGGUGAGGCGGUUGGAGCGGUCCCACCUUUUCUCAUUCAUCGGGGCUCCUAGAAAGGGUUUGGAGAAGGCGGCGAUCAGAGACGAGAUGAUGAAGCAGUGCGCCGGGUCGACCCGGUGCGAGCUCUUGCAAUGCGGGUUCGACGGCGGAGGAAGAAACAAAUGCCACGAGCCCGGUGAGGUUCUGGGAGUGAUGAGCCGGUCGGAAUUCUGUCUCCAAGCUCCCGGAGACUCUUUCACACGCCGGUCAACGUUUGACUCGGUGCUCGCAGGGUGUAUUCCGGUGUUCUUUUCGCCGCACACGGCUUAUACUCAGUACGCAUGGUUCUUCCCCGAGGACGCGACGACGUACUCAGUGUUCAUAGACGAGAAAAGCGAAGCCAGCAAGAGGAUCGAAGAGGAGCUUUUGAAGAUCCCGAGAAAAACGGUCCAGAAAAUGAGGGAAAAUGUGAUCGGUUUGAUCCCCAGGAUGACGUAUGCGCAUCCAAACGCGACGGACAUUGGGUUCGACGACGCCGUCGACGUUGCUCUUACAGCUCUAGCCCAGCACGUGCGGACUCAGUGAUCAUCCUAUGUUCCAUUUCCAAUAAUUUUUUUUUUUUUGGGCACAUUUUUUCACUGCCGACAACUCGUUUGAUAGCUUUUUUUUUUUUUUCUUUUUAUAAUGUGAAGAAUAAUAAUAGUUGUUUACAAAUAUAGUUCAUCAAGUUAUUGGAUUUAUGAAACUUGCCCAUCAGAA